AUGAACAUCUUUGUCCUUGGUCUUAUCUUCAAAGGGAUGGGAUUCCAGGUCGGGCUAUGGGACAACACAGGGGGAAUUAUCUCUUCCGAGUACGAAAUCUGCAGAGACCAAACCGGUCUGGACUUGUUCAUCUGCGUCAUCUAUCGUCUCACUGGAGACAUGUCUCUCACUGAACUUGGGAUGGAUUUAACGGUAAAGCUGAAGGAUGGCCACACUCUCUAUGGGAAGGAGUACACCAGCUUCACAUUUCAAGCACCUGACUAUGCCUCAUCUACCGUCACCGAGGUUACGACUAUUGGACCACCGCUAUGGGUAAAUCUGUGCUUAUCUGAUACAGCAGGCUCCACUUGGAAAUGUGCGGAUGGUGGUGUUUGCGUCGUGAAUUGGUGGAGAGCAUGUCAGGGUGAUACCAAAACAGAACACCCUUUCAGUGCCGUGCUGUUACCAAGCCAUAAAAUACUUGAUACGGGCUAUAUCAGGGCACGUCUUUCCAUUGAAUCAAGUCGACUCUCUGAGUCCCUGUCCACUCUACAUCGCAACGCUAUACAUCGGAAUGUGAAGAUGCUGUGGCAAGCGAUGGAUAGCAGGGAGUUUAUCCUAGGUCCGAUUGAUAUUUUUGAAGGAUACAUUGAUGCUUGUCAUCAUGGAGAGAUGUAUGACUUACAUGCUGGGAAUGUCUUCCUCUGUGAUAAUAUUUGUAUGGAUAUUUCUUCUGGUACUGUGCGCGGAUUCACUGUGAAUUCAGGACAUUGCCUCAUUCAGUUCACCACCCUCGAGAUCCUCCAGAAUCAAGUCACCGCAAUCGUGCCUCUUCAAACCCUGACUUUCAAAUCCUUCAUCUUAGUCUGCAUCUAA